AUGAGGUCCAUUUGGACCAUAUUCCUCUUUCUGCCAGUCUCUCUGGCUUCUUUUUGUGGACAAUAUGGAGUCCCAUUCAGUUUAGAAGUCUUGCCAAAUGGACUUCCGGUGUUAGGCUGUGCACAGCCAUCUUGCAUCGCUCAACCUGAAGACGGCGUUGAUGAUUCGAUUUUUGAGACCGAUGGCACCGGACAGGUGGAUGGCUUUUUCCGCGAUGGAGAUCGUGAACAAAAUACCCGCCUUACAGCUAACAAAUUCAAAGCGAAUUGCUCUCGAGCUAAUCAAUUGGCUUGUUUGCGAAAAAAUCAAUGGGUUGGCGGAAUCGAGUUCAUCGAUCAUCCAAGACAACCACUUGUCCUUCAAUGUUGCACAUUUGAUGGGUUAAAGUUCUCGCAAGACGUUGGAGUGACAACAAUUUCGACUGGAGAAGCGGUGACAGGCGGAGAAGUGGUUCGAGACGGUCGCCAAAUCUCGUUUGAUGUCAUUGCUAAUGUGAGAAAAGUGAUCGAUUCACAGGAUGAUACAGUCUCGUAUGAAGUGACAGUGAGAAGAAUGAAUUGUUUACCCGAUCCACCUGAAGUCGAAGUACAGUAUGAGCAAGAUCUCGAGGAUGAGGUUUUUCGAGUUUUGGGAACAGCUGGAAACAUGACUUUGAAAAAAGAUCAUUCGAAAGAGUACACAAAUUCGCAAUCACAAGAAAAAUCACAAGAGAAUUUCAUCGUUUCUGCCGAGCAAAUGAUCGAGAAAAGAACCGUUUUCAAGCCGGUUAAAAAGCCAAGAAAGAAACCAAGCAGCGACUUUGCCUUUGGCGCUCCAAACUUCAAUCCUCUUGAAUCGCCAAUGCCAAAACAACGUCCACAAAAAGUUAUGAAUGAACAGUAUCAACCAAUGACUGUUCAACCCCAUCCAAGAACUCAAGCGCCGAAUCGACCAAUGCAAAAGGCGUCCACUACUGUGAAUCCACAUCCAACGACAACAACACCAAUCCCGACAACGACAUCUAUCUUUACUCCAGUAACGAUCGGACAAUUCGUGAACUUUGGUCCUCAAGCAGUGACACCAGCGCCAGUCAGUCAAAUCGGACUUGGCUUUCAACCUCAAACUUUACCCACAAUACCACCAUUCUUUAAUCCGUUUGCUUUACCUGCACAACAACAAUUUGGAAUUAUCACCCCAGCGCCAAAUCCUUUCAUUUUCCCACAACACUCACUCUUCCCUCAACAGAUCCCUGGACUGAGCGCAGCCCAAUUUGGUACCUUAAAUGCAAAUGGUUUUGGUCACACUCAAUUAUCACCUUUGGCUCAACAAAGCCAAGUUGUGAGCUAUGGAUCACCAUCAAUUUCUCCUCUCUCAUCAUGGCAAUCGUUUAACCCGUUUGCUAGUCAUCAACUUUGGCCUUUUGGACAGACACAAGCAUUUUCAAUGAUGGGAGCUCAAACGAUAAGCCAGCCACAGCCACAGCCAUUGAAAACUUCUCAGCCAAUAAACAACAACGAAAAUCGAUUUCGAGUGAAUCUAGGAGAAGCUACAGAGUUUGUCUCGCCAAGUCUCACUUCUAGUGCUCAGUACACGAAUGUCAACAAUCAACAAUCUCAACAGCCUUUACCUUUCACUCAUCCAAAUUUCCCACAAUUUUCACAAAACUUUCAAACUCAAAACUAUGCUCUAGGC